AUCAUUGGGGACCUUGUAGUUCUGUACAUCUUUACACCUGAGAUUCAGAUGAGGACAGAGAAAAGUGAAGCAAAAGCAGGUUUGUUUCUCUCCCCAUAAUCCCUCUCCUAUGGGCGCCAGCGUAUAAAAGGGAGGGGCGCACUCCAAGCCGCACACACUCUGAGUGAGUCUCGUCAUAGGCAUCGCACACACAGACAGGUAAGACACACACACAUACUGUGCACUUACAGGUGUGUAGAGAGAAAAAUCAGAGAGAAGAGACAUAGAUUAGUCUAAAAUGUACUUUUUCCAAAUUGCUGCCUUUACAAUUUUACCUCUAUCUUGAUACCCUUAGAUAAGUGAAAACAGGAUAGAUUUGUCACAUAUCCUCUCUCAGUGUUAUUUUUUCUCUCUUUUUUUUACCCAGCAAUCAUGUCCAGUGGAGAUAAGUCCAAGACUUCUUCCCAGACCGACGGGAAGGCUGCUCAGAGCAAGAAGUCUGAGAUGGGAAUGAUGUCCUACAAGAUGUAUGUGUUCGACCAGGAGAACUUCCAGGGUCGCAUGAUCGAGAUCAGCAACGAGUGCAUGAAUGUGUGUGAGCUGGGCAUGGACCGCGUGCGCUCCCUGCGCGUUGAGUGUGGACCCUUCGUUGGCUUCGAGCAGAUGAACUUCUGCGGUGAGAUGUACAUCCUGGAGAAGGGAGAGUAUCCUCGCUGGGACUCCUGGAGCAACUGCCAGAAGAACGACUACCUGCUGUCCUUCAGGCCCGUCAGAAUGGACCCUGAGAAGCACAAGAUCUGCCUGUACGAGGUCGGAGAGUUCAAGGGCCGCAAGAUGGAGAUCAUGGACGACGACGUUCCCAGCCUGUUCUCCUACGGCUUCACUGACAGAGUGGGCAGCAUCAUCGUCAGCUGCGGAACCUGGGUGGGAUACCAGUUCCCUGGAUACCGUGGAAGCCAGUACCUGCUGGAGAAGGGCGACUUCAGGCACUUCAAUGAGUACGGCGCCCGCAGUCCCCAGUUCCAGUCCGUGAGGCGUAUCCGUGACAUGCAGUGGCACCAACAGGGCUGCUACACCAUGGCCAGCAAGUGAGGCUCAGGAAAGGAGAGAAAGAGAAAGAGCGGAAGUGAGGGAGAGGGGCGGAGGAAGAGGGAAAGGGGGAGAGAUGUCUGAGGCCUUACCUCAGUACCUUUAACGGUCUUUGAUCUAAGGCAGUGAGGGGAAGGGUGAGAAUCUAGACCUGUCCCUGAUAGGAGACAACACCUCAGUGGAAGGACCAGCUGGACCACCCUCCAUUUCUCUCUGUCUCUACUUUUCUCUUUCUCCCCUAUGGGCUGAGCAUUGCUUCCCCCCCUUUUCUCCUUUUUUUUAGUCCCUCACUUCAUUCCCCUCCACAGUCUUCUGAGACACCAAAGAGGGAAGACGACACCUCUUGCUGUUUUACACACUCGAUUCUCGGCUCAGGGUAUGAUGCACCAUGGGAAACUGAGUCCCUAGAGCCCCCUGCCCCCCGUCUUCUUGCCCCUGUGCAUUGCACACCCUCUCUGCUGUACAGAAUCCUGGCCAAGUUUUCAAUAAAAAGGAAAAUCUUGAUUUCAAAGAUGUUGUUGUUGUUACUUAUUAUUGAA